GGGAAGGUGAGCUGAGCGUCCGCUUUGGCGGUGUGCCUGCGGGCUAGGUUGAGCCCGGCGUCCGGGCUCCGGUGUCGUGGGGGCCACGCUAGCAGUUCUGAGCGCUCAUUUGGGGGAGUAACAUCUCUAUUUAAAAAUGUCAUCAUUGCCAAGAAGAGCAAAAGUAAAGGUCCAGACUGCAGUACCCAUAGAUGAAUUUUCGUCCUUCUCUGAGUUAUCAUCUGCCUCUGAAGAAGAUGACAAGGAAGAUAGUGCCUGGGAGCCCCAAAAGAAAGUCCCCAGAAACGCUAAGCAGCCUGUUUGCAAGGAGUCCAAACCGAAGAGGGUGCCUCGGGGGAAGAAGAAUACCCUAAAGAUCAGCGAUGGCUCGGAAGGCGUGGCUGUUAAGGAGCUGAAUAGUUCUGUGCUUAUUGCUGAUGUUGAUUUGGAAGACAGAAAAAAUAAAUUGGAUACUGUGCAGACUCUGAAAACAGCAAAGACAAAACGGAAAAAUUCAGCUCAGUCACCUUCAGCUCCAAGGACCAAAAAGCUGAAAGUUGGUGAAGAAACCAACAAAGCUAGCAGCUUCAAGAGUGAGAGUAACAGUACAGAGACACCAUCCACAAGCACCCUGUGGGAAGGGGCAUGCAAGAAGGAAGAGGAUGAGGAUGGCUGUACAUCUGAUCAGUCCCCUUUAAAGAAAAUAAAGACCGAAUCAUGUCCUCAGGGCCAGCCUGUCAGGUUUCCAGCAAAUGCCAGCAAUGUUACAGAGGAGGCGGAAAUGAACUGGGACAUAGUACAGGUUUUAUCUGAGAGAACUAAUAUUGAACCUUGGGUUUGUGGCAACAUCAUUCGUCUCUUUAAUGAUGAUAAUACAAUUCCCUUCAUUGUACGUUAUCGAAAAGAGCUUAUUAAUAACCUUGAUGCUGAUUACUUGAGAGAAGUUCAACAAACACUAGAGGAGUUACGGGCUGUUGCUAAGAAGGUUCGUGGUACAAUCCAGAAAAUUAAGAAGGAGGGAAAGAUGUCCGAAUGCUUGUUAAGAGCUUUGUUAAACUGUAAAACUUUUGAAGAACUAGAACACGUGUCAGCUCCAUAUAAAACGGGGAGCAAAGGCACCAAAGCCCAGAGAGCAAGGCAGUUGGGAUUGGAGGAAGCAGCCAGGACACUGCUUGAGAAUCCAGGGAUGCUCAAUCUGCUGUCCUACAUUCAACCCAGUGUAAAAGGGCUUUCGACACUCCAGGACAUAGAAACAGGAGUGCAGCAUAUUUUAGCAGACAUGAUUGCUAAAGACAGAGAGACACUUGACUUCAUAAGAAAAUUGUGCCAAAAUAGAUAUAUUUCUAUUCAGUCAUCUCUGGCAAAAGUGUCCUCAAAAAAAGUAAAUGAGAAAGAUGUUGGUAAGUUUCAUCUCUACCAGAAUUUUUCAUGCAACAUAAGAAACAUCCAACAUCAUCAGAUUCUGGCAAUCAACCGUGGAGAAAAUUUGAAGAUACUGACGGUCAAGGUCAACAUUCCUGAUGGAGUUAAGAAUGAAUUCUGUAGGUGGUGCAUCCAAAACAGGUGGAGACCACGUCGCUUUGCAAGGCCGGAGUUAAUGAAGAUUUUACACAAUUCAAUAGAUGAUUCUUUUAAACGCCUUAUUUAUCCUCUCCUCUGUAGAGAGUUCAGAGCCAAACUAACGUCAGAUGCAGAGAAGGAAUCAGUGAUGAUGUUUGGACGGAACCUUCGUCAGCUCCUUUUAACAAACCCAGUUCCAGGGCGCACCUUGAUGGGAGUGGAUCCAGGUUACAAACAUGGUUGCAAAUUAGCUAUCAUUUCUCCUACCAGUCAGAUACUUCAUACUGAUGUGGUUUAUUUGCAUUGUGGACAAGGCUUCCAAGAAGCAGAGAAAAUAAAGAGGCUUUUGCUGAAUUUCAACUGCAGCACAGUGGUGAUUGGAAAUGGAACUGCCUGCCGGGAAACAGAAGCUUACUUUGCCGACCUGAUAAUGAAAAAUUACUUUGCUCCACUGGAUGUUGUUUACUGUAUUGUCAGUGAAGCAGGAGCAUCAAUCUACAGUGUCAGCCCUGAAGCUAACAAAGAGAUGCCAGGACUGGACCCUAAUUUGAGAAGUGCAGUUUCCAUAGCAAGGCGUGUUCAGGAUCCAUUAGCUGAGCUGGUGAAAAUCGAGCCAAAACACAUUGGAGUUGGAAUGUAUCAGCACGAUGUAUCCCAGACUUUACUCAAGGCAACACUGGACAGUGUUGUAGAAGAAUGUGUCAGCUUUGUGGGAGUCGAUAUUAACAUCUGUUCAGAAGUUUUGUUAAGGCAUAUUGCAGGACUCAAUGCCAACCGAGCCAAAAAUAUUAUUGAAUGGCGAGAGAAAAAUGGGCCCUUCAUCAACCGAGAACAACUGAAGAAAGUGAAAGGACUGGGGCCAAAAUCUUUUCAGCAGUGUGCUGGCUUCAUCAGAAUUAACCAGGAUUAUAUUCGAAAAUUGUGCAGUAGUCAGCACACUGAAUCUGCAGGCUCAAGUCAGAGAGUUGCCGUGACAUCUUCAGCAGGUGUUGAGGUCACAAGUGAGAAGCCGGGCAAGAAGAAGAGCAAAACCGCAGCGAAUGUUGUACUGAAGCCAGAUCCUUUGGACCAAACUUGUAUUCAUCCGGAGUCGUAUAACAUAGCCAUGAGGUUUUUAUCCUUCAUUGGAGGAACACUGUGUGAAAUUGGGAAGCCUGAGAUGCAACAAAAAAUAAAGUCAUUCCUUGAAAAGGAAGGAAUAGAGAAACUUGCAGAAAGAUUACAAACAACAGUGCCCUCUUUACAGAUCAUCAUAGAUGGUCUCAGCCAGCCUGAAAGCUUUGACUUUCGAACAGAUUUCAGUCAACCGGAUUUCAAGAGAAGCAUAGUCUGCUUGCAAGAUCUGCAGGUUGGGACAAUUCUUACAGGCAAAGUUGAGAAUGCCACUUUGUUUGGCAUUUUUGUGGAUAUAGGAGUGGGGAUAACAGGGUUGAUUCCCAUACGAAAUGUAACAGAAGCAAAGCUUUCUAAAACGAAGAGGAGAAGGAGUCUUGGACUGGGCCCUGGAGAAAGGGUGGAAGUCCAAGUACUCAACAUUGACGUCCCCCGAUCUCGGAUCACUCUGGACCUCAUCCGGGUGUUGUGAGUGUCCCACUGAAGGCCAACCACUUUAUUUCCUCAUUUCUACUGAUUGGCAAUAAAAAGUCAGAAUGUUUCUGACUUCUAAAUAGCAGAAGUCACUUAAUAUAAGAAGUAUUUUCCAAACACUUUCCUAAUUUUUCUUUCUGAACACAUAGAAAACCAAUAGUUUGAUUUCUUUUCACCUUAAAGAAAACAAUAGGUGUUCUUAUGUGGCUUUAUAUAGUAAUGAUUUUCUGACCAAAAUUUUAUUUUUUGUAAUUCACCUUUGACUCCUUUUGCAUUUUGUAUAAGAGAUAUUUCACUUCCAGUUGCCAACUUGCCUUGCUGGACUUGUAUGGAAUUGUCUUUUUUAUUUGAAUUAUGCAUUUUUAACUCUCACUUUAAAUAGAUUUUUUAAAAUCAGACUUUUUGGAUUUGAUUUGUGAUUUUUUUUUUCUUGCCAAGCAAACCAAAAAUAUAUCAGUAAAAAAGAUGCGUGUGUGUCUGUAACCAUCAAGUGGAUGGCUCAGAACAUUUCUCAGAAGAAUAUAUGGAUUAGUGACUUCAAUAAAAUUUUGCGUCAGUGA